AGGCAUGUACAGUGAUUGAUCUUCCUCAGGAUGACUCUGGAUCAUCAGAAACGGUUAACUCAUAGUGGUAAUGAUUAACAGGAAUAGGAGGAUCAGGGGAUUCCCUGCGUGGUCAUUCCCUCCACUUAGGUUCAGCAUUGUCUGUGCUUAGUGUAUAAGCCCCAGGGUUGUGCCUGAGGCAGAUUUACAGCUGAUGGGCACCUUUUCCAGCCCCUUCGUUUUACAGAGGAGGAAGCCGAGUCUCUGAGAAUUGAAUCGAAUCCUCCUGUGUGCCAGGCACCAUUCUAAGUGCUAGACUUACCCAACAUCUUACAAGCAAGGUGCUGGAUACCAUUGACUUUGUAGCCCCCAACGAGAGAGUCGUUUUCCGUACCUGUGAUAGGGAGCGGAACAAGGUCGUCUUUCAGAUGGGAUCUGCAGAUGCUGAGCGAGCCCUUGCUGUAGCCAAGCUUAUAGAGAAUGAUGUAGCUGGUGUUGACAUUAACAUGGGUUGUCCAAAAGAAUACUCCACUAAGGGAGGAAUGGGAGCAGCACUUUUGUCUGACCCUGACAAAAUUGAGAAGAUUCUGAGCACCCUUGUUAAAGGGAUUUGCAAACCAGUGACCUGCAAGAUUCGGAUCCUGCCAUCGCUUGAGGACACAUUGAAUCUUGUAAAGCGGAUAGAGAGGACUGGGGUUGCAGCCAUUGCGGUCCAUGGAAGGAAGAAGGAAGAGAGACCUCAACAUCCUGUCCACUGUGAUAUUAUCAAAGCCAUUGCUGAAGCUGUCUCCAUUCCGGUAAUAGCUAAUGGAGGAUCUCACGACCACAUCAAAGUAUAUUCAGACCUAGAAGCUUUCCGGCAAGAGACUUCAGCAUCUUCCGUGAUGGUGGCACGUGCGGCCAUGUGGAACCCGUCCAUCUUCAGGAAGGAGGGCCUGCAGCCUCUGGAAAAGAUCAUGCAAGAGUACAUAAAAUACGCGGUGAGAUAUGAUAACCACUACACCAAUACCAAGUACUGCUUGUGCCAGAUGCUGAGAGAACAGUUAGAAACUCCCCAGGGAAAGAAGCUCCACGCUGCUCAGUCUUCUCAGGAAAUCUGUGACGCCUUUGAAUUGGCCAGCUUCUACGAGAAGACGAUCGCAGAGUUGGCAGCCAAAGCAGCCACACUCCAAAAUGAUGCGCAGGAGGAAGAUGACCAGGCUGGAGACGCUGAUGUCAUCAAAAUGGCGGUGAAGUUUGACAAGAGACAGUACCCACCCCAGAUCACACCUAAGAUGUGCCUGCUGGAAUGGUGCCGGAAGGAGAAGUUAGCCCAGCCAGUGUAUGAAACAAUCCAGAGACCACUGGACCGCUUGUUCUGCUCCGUUGUCACCGUUUCUGAGCACAAGUACCGCUCAGCACUGUGGGACAAGUCCAAGAAGCUGGCGGAACAAGCUGCAGCCAUCGUCUGCCUGAGAAGCCUAGGGCUUCCCGAGGGGAAGCUGGGUGAUGACGCACAGAGUCCCCGCAUUCACAAGCGCAAAGUGGAGGAGAGAGAACUUUGGAAAGACCAAGAGAAUGAGAAGGCCCUUCCUGGAGGGGCCCCUCACAAAAAGCCCCACCUGACCCCGGGGACCAACAACAGUGCUCCUGACAGGCCGUGACUCUCCUUCACCUUCAUGUACGCUCCCCACUGCCGCCCCAGGAUCCCUGUGGACCCAGAACAUGGAUCGAUCUGGGGGAGCCCCCAGGUGGGAAGCUCUGGGACUUCUGGAAGGAGUGGCCGUGGGUGUAGGUGGGGCUCAGGGACUGGGGCAUGGAGCUGCCCCACCCCAUCAGGUGCUGGGAAGCAGAGACUUGGAUGGUUUGGUCCGGCUUACCCUUCCAUAAGACAGGUCUGAACACUACUGGAGGGAGUGGAAGGCAGCCAUUCAGAACGUGCAUAAGCCAGUGACCAAAGACCUUCGGGUUCACUAUGGACUUGGGAUGGGCGGAGGGGGUGGCGGGGGUGAACAUUGAGUAAUUCUGUGUCCUGGGGAGGGAGAACAGAAGAGCUGGAGGCCUGGAGCUGGGGGGAGGGGGAAGUUGGAGAGGACACAGGAGGAUGUCGUCUGGGGCUGACAACGCAAGUCCAGAGUCCGGGAAUCUUCUGUGGUGCCCCGGCUGUUCCAGGCACCCUUUGUUUUCCUCAGUAAAGAUGGCCCUUUCCACUGAGUUGAGCCUUCACCCCUAUGAGCAUCUCAGCCCUCCUUGAGGCUACUGGAGGGGCAAAGAGGGCCUCCCUCCACUGUCACUAGUAGGGUCUUCCUGAGCUAUGAGGGUCCAGGUGGGGAAAGAGCAAAAGAGUUUCUGCCUUUCCUCCCACAGCACCACUCACCCACACCUUCUACCCUACCUCCCAGGGGAGAUAGUUGAAGCAAGUGAAACAGUGUCUACUUGGGGAAGGUUCCCCCCAUCCCAGUGGUAAUUGGCUGCUAUCAGCCACUAAUCAUCUUUGCUGCUGCUAAUUGGGAGACCCUGGGAACAGAUGGAUAGAGUUCUGAGCCCUGGUAACUUGAACUGAUGGUCAGAGCCUGGGCAGCCACUGGAGCAUAGAACUAUGACUCCUGACUCUGAUGGUCGCAAGGACCCUCCUGCAGCUCUGAUGAUGCUGAGGGAAUUGGGAGCUCUUAGUCCUAACGAAGGAUGAAGAGUGUCCACAGGGCCCUCUUCCUUGCCCCCAUGCUGUCUUCAUUGAGGAAGAUUGUUUGGGUGGGUUGGAUGUCAAGGAGGAGAAUUAAAAAAGGGUUAAGCAGUCUUCUGUGUCUGCGCUCCUAUCUGCACAGUUAGAACAAGACCAAAGGCCCAUUUUAUUAAUAGGAAUACUGACAAAUUGAAGGUAAAAAUGAUUCUUGGAGCAUGAGUGGAAAAAAAUACUGCAGCCUUUUGAGAACCUUUGCAGUGCCAUAUGUAGGAAGAAACCUUGGAUUUUAACCUGUCUUGGGACACUUGCUGAUUGUGUGCUUUUGAAAGUCACUGUCCUCACUAAGCCACCUGAGAGGAUGAGAUCUCCAGCUAUCCAUUUCACAAGGUCUUGAGGCAAGUACUUUGUAGAAAUAGGAGCCAGUCAAAGGAGAGAUGAGCAAAAUUGAAAGUAAACCCAUUGACCUAAUAAAACUAGGAGCUGGUUUAAAAAAAAAAAAACCCACACAAUGAAAUGGAUAAGCCGUUGCUAA